GACGGAGGCGAAGCACCCAACCCUCUCGCCACCGGAGCUCCGCGUCCGCGCGCCACCCAAAAUAUGGGCCUCGCCGCCGUGCUCUGCCACCGGGCGGCGGCCGCGUGAAAACGACGGUGCCCUACUGAUCGCCGCGCGCCUCAGGCCAUGGCGGCGCGGCGGUGAGCGAAAACUACGGUAUUGACGGCCUGCGAGACUGAUCUGACAUCGCGCACGGCGCACCGCGCAAUUCUUUUUGGGUUGUCACCAUGUCGAGCACUCCGCCGCCGAAGACCAGCCCUCCUCCCGCUACCGCUCCGCCGCCGCCUUCGCCGGCCUCGCCACCACCCUCCAGUUCGUCCUCCCCUGCGCCGUCGAGCUCCAGCGGAACUUCGCCUCCACCGACGCCGUGGAGUUCGCAUGGCGGCGGCGCGGCUCCGCUUUCGCCGGCGAAGGUUCCCUCCCCACCGUCUCACUCCAAGGGCUCAGAGGACGUCGCCAGGUCGGCGCUGAAUUACGCGCGCCGCCCCGGGUACAACGCCAUGGUUGAGAUCGUCUUCGCCGCCGUCGGGGCGGCGGCGCUCCUCGUGCUCCUCGUCGCCGCCUGCCUCUGCUGCUCGAGGAAGACGGCGCCGAGGAGGAGGAAGAAGAAGCCUCACAUCCCCAUACAUUUCGACGCGGAUACCUCCGGAUCCAAAGGCAGCAGCGACACCAGCGGGCGGAAGCCGCAAUGGCCGAGCGACCCCGGCGCCGCGCCGUCGACGAGCAUGUUUGGCCCGCCGGGACCCGCCUGGCGCGUGCCGCCCGGAGACACGUCCUCCGGCGUCUACUCCGGCCAGCACGACGCGCUAGGGCUCAGCAAGGGGACAUUCACCUACGAGCAGCUGGAGGCGGCGACGGGCAACUUCUCGGCGGCGAACCUUCUCGGGCAGGGCGGGUUCGGGUACGUGCACAAGGGGGUGCUCCCCGGCGGCAAGACGGUGGCCGUGAAGCAGCUCAAGUCCGGCAGCGGGCAGGGGGAGCGCGAGUUCCAGGCCGAGGUGGACAUCAUCAGCCGGGUGCACCACCGCCACCUCGUCUCCCUCGUCGGCUACUGCAUCGUCGGCGCCCGCCGCGUGCUCGUCUACGAGUUCGUCCCCAACAAGACCCUCGAGUUCCACCUCCAUGGGGAAGGGUUGCCGGUGAUGCCAUGGCCGACGAGGCUGCGCAUUGCGCUCGGGUCAGCGAAGGGGCUCGCCUACCUGCACGAAGACUGCCAGCCUCGGAUCAUCCACCGCGACAUCAAAUCCGCCAACAUCCUCCUCGACGACAACUUCGAAGCAAUGGUGGCGGAUUUCGGGUUGGCAAAGCUGACGUCCGACAACAGCACGCACGUGUCGACGCGUGUGAUGGGGACGUUCGGGUACCUGGCGCCGGAGUACGCGUCGAGCGGGAAGCUGACGGAGAAGUCGGACGUGUUCUCCUAUGGCGUGAUGCUGCUCGAGCUCGUGACGGGGCGGCGGCCCAUCGACGCCAGCCACAUCCACUCCGCCUUCGCGGAGGACGACAGCCUCGUCGAGUGGGCGCGGCCGGCCAUGGCGCGCGCCCUGGCCGAUGGCGACUACGGCGGCGUCGCCGACCCGAGGCUGGAGGGCAGCUACGACCCGGUGGAGAUGGCGCGCGUCGUCGCCAGCGCCGCGGCGGCCGUCCGCCACACGGCAAAGAAACGGCCCAAGAUGAGCCAGAUCGUGAGGGCGCUGGAGGGGGACGUGUCGCUGGAGGACCUGAACGAGGGGAUGCGGCCGGGGCAGAGCAUGGUGUUCGGCACGGCGGAGCACGGGAGCAGCAUCGGUGGGACUUCCGGGCUGUACACGUUCGACAUGGACCGGGUCGUUCAGGAGGCCAAGGCGAGAGCGGAAUUCGGCCGGCGAGCCGGCGGCGACGCGUCUUUCUCCGACGAGAUGAGCGCCGGGAGCACACAACAGCGCUGAAUUGCUGGGCGUUGUUGGCUCUGCCCCUCUGCAGAUGGAUCAAAGUCUUUUUUUAGUUGGAAAGGUUGGAUUUGGAUAUAUAAAGAGGAGGAAAUGGCAAAUGGACCAGUCAUUUUUUUUAAAAAAAAGGGAAAGGUUGAAUAUAGAAAGAGGAGGGAAUGGUUUGUUUGUACGAAUGCACGAAUGAAUCUGCUUGCAGAUUUUGAAGAGCAGCAGAAUCCAAUGGUAUAGGGCGUUUUGUCUCAGGCUGUUCAAAUGAUUGACCAGAUUGGGGUUAUUGUAUAUUUCCUAUUGGCAAAAGAAAUUUUCCUUUUCCCAAAA